AUGCGUUUCGCUACUAUUGUCUCCGGCUUCGUUUUGCUGCAGGGCGUCAUUGCGUCUCCAAUCAGCGAUUCAGCGGAGGUUGAGGCCCGAGACAUUCAGCCUAGAGCUGACAUUGAGCCCAGAGGCCCAGGUCUCGGAGAUAUUCCUUGGCCUAGACUCCCAGCUCUGCGUCGCGCAGCGAAGAGCAGUGCAGCGAAGGGUACUGGUAAAGACUGCCCUUCGACGCCACCAGAUACUCAGCAGGGAAACGCCUGUUCUUCAGGAACUCAGUACUGCUGCACUACCGCCAGUGACGGCUCUCAGUCGUGCUCAAACUCGGAAGUUUGCAACGCAAAGAUCAUUUGCUGCAACAACAACAACGGUUUCCAAAUGUGCAUUGGCGAAGUGGACUUCAAUGCCCCCGUCACUAUCAACAUCAACAUCUACAACGGCAAAGGAGGCAAGGGUGGUAAAGGAGGAAAGGGCGGCAAGGGUGGUCACUACUAG